GUUUCAACUUCAAAGUUAAACUUCACUCGACAGCUCAGCUAUUCAUCGGAAACAUCGUCAAGCUAUCCUCAUAAAUUUUAGCCCCUUGUCUUUUUGAUAUCACUCCUAACUCCCCAACUAUCGCUCUCAUUGGAAACUCGAGGAACUCAAAAAUACAUAUUACCAAGAAUUCAUAUUCGUCGAUCUUCGUCCUGCAAGAUGGCUCAAAAUGGAAUACAAAACCAUAUGACAGAACGACUACAAGUGAUCGGUGAAGAACAAAGAUUCACGACCGACUUGUCGAGCUCGAUCGAAAAUUGGGGUUUACUCGAAAAGGGUUUCAAUUAUGACUUGGUAGCAGUAUUUGGAUCACAAUCGAGUGGAAAAAGUACCCUGUUGAACCGAGUGUUCGGUACUACUUUCGAGGUCAUGGAUGAGGCUGAUCGGCGUCAAACCACCAAAGGUAUCUGGAUGUGUAAAGGCAAGGAGAUGGACGUCCUGGUCAUGGAUGUAGAAGGUGCUGAUGGACGAGAGAGGGGGGAGAACCAGGACUUUGAGCGAAAGGCGGCAUUGUUUUCUUUGGCUGCCUCCGAAGUCAUCAUCGUCAAUUUAUGGGAACACCAAGUAGGGCUUUACCAAGGUGCUAACAUGGGGCUACUCAAGACAGUCUUUGAGGUCGACCUAGCAUUGUUUCAAGCGAACAAAGCGAAACAAAAGCUGAAUUCCCCUUCCAACUCUGGUCACGACAAAACCAAUCUAUUCUUCGUCAUCCGUGACCACAUUGGGGUCACGCCUCUCUCAAACCUGGAGAAAACGAUCACAGGCGAUUUAAAUCGAAUCUGGGAUGGAUUGGCAAAACCAGAAGGCACCGAAAACUCCCGGAUUACAGAUUACUUUGAUCUUACGUUCACUACCUUGGCCCACAAGAUCCUUCAGCCUGACAACUUCAACAAGGGGGUCGAAGACCUUCGGAGGCGAUUCAUCGAUAAAACUCAUCCUGACUAUAUUUUCAAGCCAAUCUAUCACAAGCGUAUACCUGCAGAUGGCUUGGCUCAGUAUAUGAGUGGAAUCUGGGAUGCAGUUGUGUCCAAUAAAGAUCUCGACCUUCCCACACAGCAAGAGCUUUUAGCUCAGUUCAGAUGUGAUGAGAUCGCUGUUAUAUCGUUCAAUCAAUUUUCAGACUUACUGAGUCCUAUCAAAUCAGAAAUGGAAUUCGGUUCUGUUUUGGCUGAACUGGGCAGUAAGAUGGAGCAUGCGCGCUCUAAAUCGUUGGGUAAGUCUUCUUUUGAUCUGGCCGCUUCACGUUAUCAUGCGGGCGUCUAUCAGCGAAAACGGACAGAGCUUGUGGGGAAAAUGAAUACAACUCUGGGACCGAUCUUUUGGGCACAGUUGAAAAACUUGACGAAAUCGAUUAUCAAAAAAUUUAAAGCAGAUCUACUCAACUCUUUGAAAAGAGAUCAUACCAACAGUCGCCAAGAUUUUGGGGAAGUUGUGAAAGAGCAUAAAGAUAAGGCUACCAAAGAAUUUGAGUCUGCGGCACAAUCUUUGGUAUUGAAGGACACAGAUUGGACAUAUUCCGAUGCAACAUCUCAACUUCAAGAGGAUUUGACAACAAUCUCUAAUCAGUGCAAGGUAGAUGAGAUGAAAAAGGUGACGAACUUGAUAGAGAAAAGUUUGAAACGAGAGAUGAAUGAGCUUGUAGAGUUCACUUUGGCGAAACAGACUCCAAAAAUGUGGGAUAUGGUGUUGGAUAGCUUUCAAACUGCUGUUCAACUCUCUACGCAAUCUUAUUUGAAGAAAACUCAAGGCUUUAGUUGUACCGAUGAAGAGAAUGAGAAGACGAUAAGUUUGAUGACGAAAAAAGCAUGGAUCGCGCUCCGAAAUAAGGUCGACGAGCAGACAGCCGAUACAACUCUCUUGGUCAAACUCAAAUUAGCCUUUGAAGAGCGGUUCCGUUAUGAUGCCGAUGGAGUGCCGAAAGUAUGGAAACCAGAAGAUGAUAUUGACACAGCAUUCCGAGGCGCAAAAGAUGAAACAUUAGCUCUAAUUCCUCUCUAUGGGUCAAUUCGACCAUCUGAUCCAUCAUUACUCGAUUUUAUACCUACUAGCGUCUCAUCAGAUGAUCUGGAUGACUUGGACAUAGCAGAUUAUGAUUUUGAAUCAUCAGCAGCAAUUUUAUCAGUAACGAAACAGAACGAAAUAAGGGAUCGAUUUAAGAAAGAGUGUGAUGCGUACUACCUCGAAGCCAAACGUAGCUUAGUUAGCAGUAUCAGUCAGAUUCCUUACUGGAUGUAUGCUGUGAUCGGAAUCCUCGGAUGGAAUGAGUUCUUGGCUGUUGUUAGUAGUCCGAUCUAUUUUGCUACCUUAUUGAUCUUAGCUGUGACUACUUAUAUGGUUUUCAAGAUGGAUAUGCAAGGACCUGUGAUGGCUGUUGGAAAAGGAAUCUAUAAUGAAACAACGAGAGUAACACGAGAGAAAUUAACUGAGUACCUAAAUGAUCCGAGUGUAUCACAGAGGCCACAGAUGAAUAGUACAAUGAGUUCAAGUAGAUCGAAUGAUUUUAAGAAUUCAAAAAGAGAUGUAAAAGAAGAAAUCGAACUUCAAUCACUUUGAAAAAAGUCUUUUGUGUUUUGUUUUGUGGUUUCUUCUUAAAUUAUUCUUAGCUUCUGCUUUUUCUCUUUUUUGUUUUUUGCUUUUUUGGAAGAUCUUAGAGGGUUUAUCAACAUUAAUACAAAUAAUUAUAUAUUGUCAUAAAAAACAAAAUUGAUCAUUGUUAAGUUUAUUUGUUUGUUCUUUGAGUUUAGUGAUCAUUAGUCAUAUUAAUUUUAACACAAAAGAUAAUUUCUAGCAGAUUUUGAUGGUGAUGUGAAUGAUCAUGUUUUAUGCCAUAC